AUGUUUGAGAAACUUUAUUUAAAAAACUCUAAAGAUAUUUAUACUUUGCAUACACAAGUCACCAAGUGCAUUUGUAAGCAAAGUGUUUCAAAUCGCAUUUUGAAAACAAAUAGUGAUUGUGACUUUUUUACUGGGGUUCAAACAUUAGCAGAGUUUAAAUCUCUUCAUAAUAUCAUUUCACCAUUUGUUCGCAGGCGUUGGCGUGGUACACUAAACACUACUCCUAUUUCAAGAAAGUUUAAAAAAGCACCAAAGCAAUUUGGGCCUCUGAGGAAGCUGUUAAGCGAAGAAGAAUUUCUUUUGUUUUUAAUGAAAAUGCGUCUUGGAUUAUUAAAUCGAGAUUUAGCAGAAAGGUUUAAGGUUUCAGAAGCUUUAAUUAGUUCUGUAAUAUCUUCUUGGCUUAAAGCAUCUUCUGCAGUAUUAUCCCCGAUUGUUUAUAUUCCUGAUAAAGGUAACAUUGUAAAUACUCGCCCAGAUCGUUUUAUAAAUUACAAAAAUCUGCAUUCUAUUAUGGACGCUACAGAAUUUUUUAUUGAAACUCCCAAAAAUCCAGAUCUACAAAAGUUAACAUGGAGUGAAUACAAGCACCAUAACACAAUAAAAGUUCUUGUUUGUAUAGCUCCUAAUUCUUCAAUAAUGUUUUUGUCUCAUUGUUAUGGAGGAUCUAUCUCAGACAAAGCAAUUACUAAUUUAAGUGCAUAUCUUGACAAAGUUCCACCUCAUUCUCAAAUUAUGGUUGACAAAGAUGUAAAAUGUAACAUUUUUGAUCAGUAA